GCGAGAAAUUUAAAAAUGAGUUCACGUGAUCGGAUUUGUCGCUGUAAACGAGCGACGAGCGAUUGCAUGCGGUUACGCCUUAAGAUUUCAGAGCUUCAUUUAGUUGUCAAAAUUGAUAGAUAAUUAGAAUUUCGAUGGAUCAUUGACAUAACAGUUUGACAGUAAAAAGAAGAUAAAUUUGCAGAAAUUGUGAGAAUCUGAGAAAGAAUAAUUACAAGCCAAGAAAAAUGAAUAAACAUAGCAAGUUUUUCCACAUCCUCAAACCUCUUAAACACAUCGGAAUGGUAACAAGGCAGCAAUCAAAUGAAGCCAUGUGUAAUGAAACAGCUAUCGAAUACUGUGCCAAUAUAGUAAAACAGUAUGACUACGAGAAUUUUAUGGCAACUCUUCUUAUGACGAAAUCGGUGCGAUCGCCGGCACUGGUAUUGAGAGCUUUUAACGUGGAGAUAGCUCGUGUUCAGGACCAAACGUCCGAUGCACAAACUGCAGCAUUUAGGUUACAAUUCUGGCAUGAUACUGUGAAGACCAUUUAUCAAAAAGAACAAAAUAUACUAAAUGUUCCUGCUAAUCCUAUCGCACAAGAGUUAUUCAAAGUAUGUGUAUGUUAUGGUCUUCAAAAGAGGCAAUUGGAAAAACUCAUAUUAUCAAGAAGCAAUCUUUUGAAUUCAAAACACUUCAAAACCUUAGAAGAUAUUGAGAAAUAUGCUGAAGAUUCCGUAUCACCAAUAUAUUACCUACUGUUAGACAUUUUAGGUGUUGCUAAUGUAAAUGCUGACCAUGCAGCCUCACACUUGGGAAAAGCACAAGGAAUAACUAACAUAUUAAGGUCUGUCCGUAUCUCCAAUUAUCAUAAAAUGGUUACACUACCAAUGGAUAUCCUAAUGAAAUAUAGUGUAAGCCAAGAAGAUGUCCUGAGAUGCAUUGACAGUGAAAACAUGAGAAAUGUUGCUUAUGAAGUUGCGAGCAGAGCUAAUAGUCACCUGCAAAAGGCCAGAAGCAUUGAAGUUCCAACCAUUUCAAAGCAGAUAUUUUUACCUGCAAUAGCCAUAGACCAGUUUUUGUCAAAACUCCAAAAAGUUCAUUUCAAUCUAUUUGACAAUGCAUUACAUGUUAAUACUCCCACUUUACCAUUUAGAUUAUACUAUAAUAGGGUAAUUAAGAAAUUUUAGUAUUGAAAUCUCAAUUUUCAUAGCAAAUGUAGUGUCAUACCUGUAGCAGUUGUUGAUUUUUUUAUAAAUAAAUGUUAUUAAAACUGA